AUGUUUAUUCUUUUAUUCGGUACUAUUGGGAAUGUUUUAAAUUUGUUAAUAUUUUAUCAACCUAAACAUCGUACAAAUCCGUGUGCUGUCUAUUUUUUCUAUGCAUCAAUUGCUGGCUUAAUUGCUCUUUAUUCAGGUUUACUGAGUCGAUUUUUUGUCGGUUUCUCACUUGAUGCAUCUGCAACAAAUGCUAUAAUAUGUAAAUUACGCGCAUUCAUUGUUUGGGUAUCAACAACGGCUUCAUCCUGGUUUUUGACUUAUGCCACUAUUGAUAGGUAUUUUAUAAGUUGUCGUGAUGUACAACGUCGGAGUCUAAGCAAUCUUCGUUUUACACGGAGAUUAAUGAUCAUUACAGUUGUUGGUGGAUCAUUAAUAUUUGCCGAAACUUUCUAUUGCUAUAUACCAAAUCUUCGCAAUUCUCCAUUGACAUGCUAUGGUCAAAAUAUGAUAUGUCGUUUAUACAAUGAAAUUGCUUCAGCAGUAGUAUUCGUUUUUAUACCAUCAACAAUUAUGUUAAUAUUUGGGUAUGCAACUGUACAAAAUGUGAGAAAAUUACUUUAUCCCAUAGUAUCGAUGGUUAAUUCACGUGGAAUAGCAAUAACAAUGAAAAAAACAGAUCGACAAUUGAUUCAAAUGUUAAUUGUUCAAAUUAUUCUAUUGACUAUAUUCAAUAUUCCAUUGGCUAUUCAACGUCUAUAUUUGACAUCAACAUUAAAUAUACAAAAAAGUUUGUUAAGAUCUACAAUUGAAAAUCUUUGUUUUCAAGUAUUUUACCUUCUAAGUUUUAUGAGUUUUGGAAUGCCAUUCUAUAUUUACACAUUAACCGGAACAGUAUUUAGACAUGACUGUAUAAACUUAAUUAGAUCCGUUUAUCGAAAAGUGAAAAUAGCUGUAUUUUAA